UCCACAUACUUUAUGUAAUUAAUGAAGUGAUUCAUGCCAUUAAUCUUGGAGAUACUAAUACUGUGGUAAUGGCGGAAGUUGCAUUACGGCUAACAUCAGUGAUGGAGACUAUUGCAGACUUCACAAUCAAAUGUGGAACCACAUCAGUGCCAAUAGAAAAAAAUGAUGCUGCAUUGGUUUUGGAAUACUGUGUUGAAGAGGUGCCUUCAUUAAUACAGAAAUCUCCAUCAGAACAGUUGCAUUUGGCUUAUGAGUACCUGGACAGAGCAAUUAAUGCAAUGAAUCGAGCUCGCCUAAUUACUCUUUUACCUGAUGGUACAUCGGUGCUUGAUAACUGCUGCAAAAAGAAUUGGAACAAAUGGUCAGCAUAUGACAUCAAUGAAAAAUCCGUAAUAGGAAACAAUUUUAUUAUGGAUUUACACAUUGAACUUAUUCAGGCUCAGCAUCGAGUGGCUGUUAAACUUCUUAACUUGCCACAAGGCAUUCAGAGUGGUGGUAAAAAUAUCAAAUCAAAGGCCACUGCAAAGAAUCUACACCAGUUCAAACAUUUAACAGAACAAGAUGUAACAAAUAAAAUAAAGAAGAAUAAAUUGUCCAGGGCUCUCUAUUUGAUGCAGAAGGCUACACUGAUGCCAGUAGGGGCAGUCAGUUCUUCCCCAAAACAGCUGCUUGAGAUUGCAUGGUACUGUAUUUUUGGACGUGUAGCAGAAGGAUGUAACCCAAAAGUCCGGUUGAAUAAUUACAGCCUUAAGAAUACAGCAGAAGUGGUACCAUUUGAUGAAACUUGCAUCUUGGAAGUAGAAGACUUAGAGCCCAACCAGAGUUACAUAUUUGCAGUUGCGGCAUAUGACUCAGAUGGAAAUCUUAUCAGUGAUAGCAUUGGAGAAACACUAAAGCCAAUUCUUGCAUACCCUCCUCUUUCUGCUGCUGCUGUCCGAGCAUACCUGAUUCAG